AUGCGAUCUAAUCGUGCAUUAGGUGAAGGUUUCUUUAAUAUUCCUCCAAAUAAACGUGCUGAAGCAUGUCAACGACGUGGUGCUGAUCUUAUUGAACGAAUUGCUGUUAUUUUUCAAAACAUCUUUGAUACAUUAAAAGUUUUAGAACCGAUUAAAUCGAUUCAAUUUAACAAAAUUCAAAAAAAUACAUUAAAUGAAAUCAAAACCAAUAUUUCUACUGUUUUUUAUUCAAAUAACAGCUUUACCGAAGUUGAUGAUGAACCUGCUUAUCCUGAUGGCAUUGAUUUGAAGAAUUUGGACGAAGUCCAAAUAACUAGUGUAAAGAAAGCACCAUUACAAUCGAUGAAAAUUGAACUAUCGGCAGCAAAAGCUGCAGUUCAUUUUUUUCAUAAACUUUUACUACCUCAAUCAAUCCAACUAUUUUGUACUGAUUCAAUUGACAACAAAAAAGCUACAAUUAAUGAAUUAAAAAUUAUUCAACAUCCUAUUAACUGCUUUUCAAUGAAUGAUAUCACCUAUAAUGGUAUUUUUCAUAAUCAUAAACGUGAUAAUAUUGAUGUUAAACAAAUUCUUUUAAAUUUGGAAAAAAAACAUUUGCUCAAGCGUGGUAAAUUUGUGAAAGUUGGAUCUCGAUUGAUUGAAAGCUGGAUCAAGCUCUUACCUGAACCAACAAAUGAUGAACAAAUUCGAUAUUUUCAAAAUGAAUUAAAUAUCAACUAUCAACUUGAAUUAGAAAAAUAUAUUGAUUACUAUGAAGAUGGCAUUGAUCAAAAGUCAUCAUUAACUGAAGAAAGUAAACGUAUAUUGUUAGCACAAAGAUCAUGGAUUGAACAAUUACGACGGAAAAUCCAUAGUUCUGCUUUUCAACAAAACAGUUCAGAAUCAACAACUCGUUCAUCUACAAAAGAAAUGCAACAAGUCGAACAUAUAGUAUAUUCUGCAAAUGCUUUUCAAGAUAUUGUUGAUUCUUUUACUCAUGAUACAAUUGAUUUACAAACAACAUGUUUGAACACAAGUGAAUCAGCUAAUAUGUUUCAACACAUGAAUAUUUCAUCAGUAAUUGAAAGUUGUAAUGAAGUGUUAAUGGGAAAUAAUAAAAGAAUAUUAGGUGAUAAUCAACUUCAUGAAAAUAUCAUUCAUGAUUGCCUAUCUGAUGUAACCGAACGAGUAGCUGAUCUCGUCGGUGCAACUCAUGUAACAAUGAUUGAUCCAACUACAGAUCAAAAUAAAACAAUUGAUACCAAAAACAGCACCUAUUUGACACCACAUGGAAUGUCAAUUUUGAAACAAAAACCCUACAAUGAUCUCAAGAUAAUGGUGAAUGAAGAUAAUAUUGUGCAACCGGCAAAAGAACGUUAUCGUCAAUUAUUCGAUUCUCCACAUGAUAAUCAUCGUGUUGAUAAAGAAAAUUGUGAGUGUAUACCUUUUCUUAUACCUUACACAUUAUAG